AGACGUUAGUUUUAGUAGAGAUAGAUAGAAAAAUAUUCAUUUGCAUUUUAUGAUGGCUCUUAAACCUGUAAAGCAAGAAAAGAUAUGGUGUUUUAGCGUAUGUGAUCCCCAGCUUCAUCCAAAAGGAUUCACAAUUUAUAAAGUAACAUGCAAAUUUUUCCCAAUUAACCGGCCAGAAAGUCUUACAGAGAUAAUUUGCUGGAAAAGAUACAAUGACUUCAAGGAAUUAUUUAAAGUGAUGCUUAAUCUCCACAAAGCUCUACAUAGACGAGAUGAGUUUCCUCCCUUUGCCAAGCCAAAGCUUUUUGGUCGCUUUGAUGAGGCAGUUAUUGAAGAGCGAAGACAAAGUGCACUGAGUCUGCUCAACUUUAUAGGUCACCAACCACACCUGUACAACUCAAAACAUUUCCAGACCUUUUGGGUGGGAGGGAAGGUGUCACAGUCUGGUUUCCACGCGGGUCCUGUUCUGCGUCCCUCAAAGCUGGACAUUCUGUCUGACCACGACACCUCGAAUGUCCCUCCUGACGUUGUACCCAUCUUGGAGUCGCAGCCUGCUGAGUCAGCUAAAAGUGGAGUUCAGCCAAACUUAUCCAACGUCACAUCUCCUGUUAGUGAGGUUUCCGAAAUCAGUCAGCUGUCUGUGUUAGCUGAUAAAGAGGUGAAACUUCUUGAAGGAACGUGGAAUUUCCCACAAGUUCCAGACACCAUAAGUCUGGGCUCAUCUGUGGACGUGGAUGAAUUUGGUGACACCGACGCCGACUCGCCUCUUGGAAGUUCUCUGCCUGAUACGGACCUGUCUUUCUUCGAUCCCAUCAAGUCGGACCCUGGGGGUCAUUCCGAACAGGAACAUGACCUAACUCAGAGUGUCAGCUGGCUCAUUCGGGCCAAAACCACAUGUGCCAACAUGGACGACAUUGAUGGCGAAAUGCCCCUCGGUGCGGAGGCAGUAAACGAAGAAACUGGGAUUCCUGAAGAUUUGAAUCACAGUAGCUGCAGUGACAGCAAGCUGAAACAGGUGCCAGACACAGUGUUGUUGGAUCACAGCGGUUCUGUCCGAGGUAGUCGCGACGACCUCACAGGGAGUUGUCAGAGUGGCCACAGCGAUCGCACAUUCGACAUCAGUGAGUUCGAUCCCCUGAGGACCCGGUCUCUGUCGAAGGUGGAGUGUGGUAAAGGUGACAUUGACCUGUCCCGUCCCAGCUCCAUCAGUCAAGGCAGCAUCAACUCCGUGUCCAGUGUGUCCUCCACAACCAGAUCAAGUAGACCGGUCUCCAGGGGUUGUAGUAUGACACCUAGUCCCCGUAAGCAACGUACAGGGACCCAGUCUAGCGUAUCCACCAUGGACCUUGGGGGCAAGGAUGACUACAUUUACCUGGCAGCCAAUCAGAUCUGUCUGGCUCAGGAAUGUGAAGCUAAUGGAAGUUACGAAACGGCCUUCACCUGCUAUAAGACUGGAGUGGGAAUUUUACUACAGGGAGUGCAAGCCGACAACAACAAAGCGAGGAGAGACGCUGUGCGUAGGAAGACUGCCCAGUACUUAAUUAAAGCAGAAGAUUUGUACAACCUUCAUCUUGCUAAGGAUAGUUCCGAUGAAUGGCGCUGGUCAGGGAUUGAUACAGUUCUGUCCCCGGCCAUGGAAAUUGAUCCUGCACUGGCCUUUGUUCGAGGAUCUAUUUCAGAACUGCGUAACUUCAAGGUGCUUGGAACUGUGCACAAAGUUAUUCUGGUCAUGGAUAAAAGCAGUGAUGAAACAUACUGUGUCAGGACAAUCCACAAAACUUCCAUGUUGUUGGAGAAGAAACCCACCAUCCUGCCCACUUCCUGCCCGUACAUGGUUAGCUUGUACAAGUUCUAUGAAACGGAAGAUGCUAUCUACCUGCUGUUGCAGUACGCGAGUGGAGGCAAGCUAUGGACCUACAUUGGAGCCUACAUUAACAGUAUGUUUAAUGCUGCUGGGGAUGAAAUCAAUCUUGGUAUUGACUUGCCCGACAGUAAGAAUAUCUAUUCAGGGCAGAAAACCCACACCACUGAUCGUGGUAACAUUGAACAGACAUGCAUGAAUCGUUCUAAAGAUCCCACCCUUGUGUCUGGAGAUGAACACAAGCGGUUGACAAUAGAGCCAGACACUUCAGAUGGACUCUGCAUUAAGUUUGUCAAUCAGGUGUCACCAGAGGAGGAUGUUGUACAAAAUGACAGUCUUUUGGAUGAUAGUACCUUGUCAUCAAGUGGUAAAAAGCCCGAUUAUAACAGACUGUCUAGUAUGUCAUCGGACGGCUUCCAGGUGGGUGACAUAUCCAACUUGAGUCUUAACGCAAACUGCAUGGAUGAUUUGGACCAGGAAGAACAUUUUGAUGAUAUUUUGCAGCAAACAAGACCAUCAUUAGAGAAAUUUUCCAUCAACAGUUUCGACAGUGAUGGCUUCCACAGACUUGACAGUGUGGUUUCUGAUCACAUCGAAAGUAUUCCGGAAACAAAUGAAUCUCCGACAGGAGACCAUUUAGAUGAUAUUUCGCUUCAAGUUAAGGAUGAUGUGUUUAGCAAUAAAGAAUUUGUUACAAAUCAAAAUGAAACUGUUUUAUCAGCAACUGAUGAACAGUUUACUACAGGUAACAUAAACAUGGAUGCCGAACAGAUAAUCCACAAUUCAAUGGAGCUCAUUAAAUCUGUAGAACAGAUUCUCUCGGAGUCUGCCGGUAUGGGUCAGUCACCGACAACAUCAGCUCCUGGGGAGGCAGAAAUGGAUAACACGAGGGAGAUGUUAAACUCUGUGGAACACAGGAACUUUUCUCCAAGAAGUCUUUCACCAGGGAGGAUUACCAACACAUCACGUGACUCGGCCGAACCCAGUAUUUACGACAUCCACCGGUCACCCACCGACAGCGACUCUGAAGUAGAUAAACCGUGUGAAAAUGUCUGUGAUACAAACGGUGAGGACCAGUCAGGUGUCUGUGAUAGUAGUGCACCGCAGUCCGUAGAUUCUGUGUCACAUUCCGACAGUGAUGUGAAAAGUGCAAUAGUAGACAAAACCACUGACACUGACAGUAAGGCAGCAACGUUACUUACCAAGUUACCUGGAAACACGGCGUCAGUGACAAGAUUAACUCUCAGUCGAAUGAACUCUAACGAUCUUAUGACAAGGUCGGCGUCAUUUGAAUGUGAUAUGAAGUCGCCCACCAAGAACCGAGCCCGUGCGAUGUCGAGCUUGUUUGAGCAGCUCGACUCUGUUAACCCAGAACAAGUGAAGCUUCCAGAGUCGUGUAUUAGACGGUGGGCGGCCGAGAUCGUCUGUGCUUUGUCAAGACUUCAUGACUUUGGAAUUAUUUGCAGAGACCUGAAGCCUGACAACAUUCUUCUUGGUGACAGAGGACACAUCUUGUUAACUUAUUUCUGCCAGUUUUCUCAGACUGACAGGAUCAUUGAUCAAAGAGCUGUGGAACAGAUGUAUGUUGCUCCAGAGGUAGAUUCAAUAUCUGGAUAUUCGGAGGUUUGUGACUGGUGGAGUCUUGGUGCCUUGUUGUAUGAACUGCUUGUAGGCAAGAGUCUGUUACACUGUCAUCCAGGUGGAAUCAACUCUCAUACACAACUCCACGUUCCUUCACAUGUCUCCACUGAAGGGCAGGCUCUGCUGCAAGAGCUUCUCCACUUCAACCAACAUGAGCGACUCGGGUCUGGUAUUGAUGGUGCAGAGGCCAUUAAAGCUCACCCAUUCUUUAGUGACAUCAACUGGAACAGUGUGGAAAAUCAGUAACAUGACUGAAACUGUGGAAAAUCAGUAACAUAACUGGUACAGUAUUGAAAAUUAGUAACAGGACUGGAACAGUUUUGAAAAUCAGUAACCAGACUGGAAUAGUGUUGACAGUGUUGGAAAACAGUAACAGGAAUGGAGCAGUGUUGAAAAUCACUAACUUGAUAAGAACAGUGUUGAAAAUCAAAACCAUUUCUGGAGCAGAGUUAAAAAUCAUUUACUCAAAUGGAAGAGAUUUGAAAGUCAGGAACAGUGCUGAAAAUCAGUGACAGGAAUGAAACAGUUGAAUAUCAUUGACACACACUGGUUUAGUGUGAAAGUUAAUGAUAUCAACAGGAACAUAUCAGGAAAUCAGACAGAAACAAAACAGAAAUUUACUGACCAUUCCAUAUAUCCAUAAUUUUAUAGUUACCAUAUAGUUUAUGGUGCAAAUGAAAUAAUUUUACUUGUCACAAGCUUUAGCAAAUGACAGUUAAACAUCAUAUCAUUAGGGAUAUGAACUUGAAAAUAACUGGGAAUGAGUUUAUUAUUCUGUUCAUGCAGUUCAUUAUCAUUCUCUUGUUUUAUUUUGUUCCUUUUGCAUAAUAUAUAGAAAGUCAUAUUACAAGCAGUUGAUAUGAAUGCUGGUCAACUCUCCCCAAAACUGAUUAUCCCUAAUGGUGGGUCAACUCGCCUCAGUCUGUUCAGUCAAUUCGCUUCUUAAAAGUUACUAACUCACCCAUUAUUUGGUCAGCUCUUCCCAAUCCUGCUUUAUUGUGUUCAUAAUCUCUGAAUUUGCGACUGUGUAAAUGAAACGCCAGUAAAAAAGGUUUAUGAAGAGUGUUGAAAAAGAAUGUCUUCUGCUGUCGUUUAAUGUAUGAAUUUUGAAACACAAAAAUACAUCACCUAUGGGUGUCUAUAUUGACAUCGUCAGUCAUUAUACAUGACCUAUGGGCGUCUAUAUUGACAUCUUCAGUCAUUAUACAUGACCUAUGGGCAUCUAUAUUGACAUCUUUAGUCAUUAUACAUGACCUAUGGGCGUCUAUAUUGACAUCUUCAGUCAUUAUACAUAACCUAUGGGCGUCUAUAUUGACAUCUUCAGUCAUUAUACAUGACCUAUGGGCGUCUAUAUUGACAUCUUCAGUCAUUAUACAUGACCUAUGGGCGUCUAUAUUGACAUCUUCAGUCAUGAUACAUGACCUAUGGGUGUCUAUAUUGACAUUCAGUCAUUAUACAUGACCUAUGGGCAUCUAUAUUGACAUCUUCAGUCAUUAUACAUGACCUAUGGGCGUCUAUAUUGACAUCUUCAGUCAUUAUACAUGACCUAUGGGUGUCUAUAUUGACAUUCAGUCAUUAUACAUGACCUAUGGGCGUCUAUAUUGACAUCGUCAGUCAUUAUACAUGACCUAUGGGCGUCUAUAUUGACAUCUUCAGUCAUUAUACACGACCUAUGGGCGUCUAUAUUGACAUCUUCAGUUAUACACGACCUAUGGGCAUCUAUAUUAACAUCUUCAGUCAUUUAUUAGUUAUUAUUAAAAGGAAAUUAUUAAAAAGACUACUGAUACUAAACUAAAUACGGUAAAUUGGGGUAAGCUGAUCCAUCAGUGGGGUGAGUAAGUUUAGGGAGAGUCGACCUGCUCUCGUAGCUGAUCCAUCAGUGCGGUGAGUAAGUUUAGGGAGAGUCGACCUGCUCUCGUAGCUGACCCAUCAGUGGGGUGAGUAAGUUUAGGGAGAGUCGACCUGCUCUCGUAGCUGACCCAUAAGUGGGGUGAGUAAGUUUAGGGAGAGUCGACCUGCUCUCGUAGCUGACCCAUCAGUGGGGUGAGUAAGUUUAGGGAGAGUCGACCUGCUCUCAUAGCUGACCCAUCAGUGGGGUGAGUAAGUUUAGGGAGAGUCGACCUGCUCUCGUAGCUGAUCCAUCAGUGGGGUGAGUAAGUUUAGGGAGAGUCGACCUGCUCUCGUAGCUGAUCCAUCAGUGGGGUGAGUAAGUUUAGGGAGAGUCGACCUGCUCUCGUAGCUGACCCAUCAGUGGGGUGAGUAAGUUUAAGGAGAGUCGACCUGCUCUCGUAGCUGACCCAUCAGUGGGGUGAGUAAGUUUAGGGAGAGUCGACCUGCUCUCGUAGCUGAUCCAUCAGUGGGGUGAGUAGGUUUAGGGAGAGUCGACCUGCUCUCGUAGCUGAUCCAUCAGUGGGGUGAGUAGGUUUAGGGAGAGUCGACCUGCUCUCAUAGCUGACCCAUCAGUGUGGUGAGUAGGUUUAGGGAGAGUCGACCUGCUCUCGUAGCUGACCCAUCAGUGCGGUGAGUAAGUUUAAGGAGAGUCGACCUGCUCUCGUAGCUGACCCAUCAGUGCGGUGAGUAAGUUUAGGGAGAGUCGACCUGCUCUCGUAGCUGACCCAUCAGUGCGGUGAGUAAGUUUAAGGAGAGUCGACCUGCUCUUGUAUACAUAUUAUAACUGUUUGCAUAGCUUGAAGGGCAUUACUUUAGAAACAAAACUUUAUUGACAAUAUACUGUAACAUUUUUUACUGCUCACGGUAUGUAAUAUAUAUACAGGAUAAUAAACAAGUUACUAGUUAUUAUCAAAUUUAUAUCCCAAGUGAAAUGAUUUUCACUUGUCACAUGCUUUAGCGAGUGACAAAUUGAAAUUAUUUUACAAGGCACAUAAAUGUAAUGAUAACUUUAUUCACACAUAUUUAUUCUAUUUAAAAAAAUCUAAUGGAUUGUAUUAAGAUAAUAUUUUAUUACAAAUUUAACAAUAAAAACUAAGAGGCAUAAAUGUUGACUCUUUAAACUACAUGACAUCGCUGUGUAUGUUUGCCAAAUUGUGAUGAUGUCAUAUUUAGUACCAACCAAGUCACUGAUUUGUAAGGGUCAAAUCAUAGAAUAAUAUUGCCCUAAUUCAUAAUAAUUUCUGUGAAAUUAUUUGUUUUAAUUUUCACAAUUAUGAGUGCUUAAAUGGAUAAUAAUUAUUAUUAAUAUUACAAAUUAUAUACAAUGAAAAUAUUGUGUAAUAUUCCGAUAUUUGACUCAGUGAUACAUGGUUACGGUGACUGGCAGGUGCUGGGUUCAUAUCUUGGUACCAGUAACAGUUUGGAGUGAGUACACAACUUAGUUGUAGUUCUUACUAACCAUGAACAUGAACCUCUGUUGUGGACAAAAUGAUGACCUGCAGAUAUCCUCUUCCCAUCUUUCCUAUUUCACCAUUUAUACAGCCAUGUAUAAUUCAUCUCUGUCAUAAUUAGGUAGUUGAGGUAUGUACCCAGAACUCUAUGAAUAUGCACUCUGUCAGCUUUCCUCUACCUCCCCCCCCCCCCCCCCACCUAUACUGAUGUCAGAACCCUCCCUUGCCUUGCAUUCUAUAUGGAUUGGGGGGGGGGGGGGGGGACACGUAGUCCAUGGUAAAGUGCUUGUCUGAUGCACAGUCGGUGUGAGAUCGAUCCCCGUUGGAGGGCCCAUUGGGCUAUUUCUCUUUCCAGCC